AUGGAAUAGUUUAAUAAUCACUAAUAACUGUUGAUGUUUAAUAACUUAGAUGUUAAGCCUGUGAAUAUAUAUAAGAAGCCAUUUACUCCCAAAAGAAACUGUAAAAGCUAAUAAUCAUCAAAUGUAAGGAGCUCAUUAAAUGAAUAGUCACCAAAAAUAUAGCAUAUAAGUUAUGGUUCACCAAGAUACUCUUUAUUCAGCAAUUCAGUUGCAUCUAGUCCUAAAUAAGUCUAAAUUUUUGAAUAGCUUCAAAUAUCCUCAUCUUAAACAAAAUUAGAUGUAGAUUUUAUUUAGGAGAACAAGCCCUCAAAUGAUAUUAUGCAAAAAAUAAAAACAUUAGAAAAAGAAGUAAAAUACAUAAACCUUAAAAAAAUUUUAAAAAAUAUUGAAAGCUCAAAAACUUUUAAGUAAGUUAAUACAAAUCACCUAACAAAUAGCAAUAAAAAGCAAAUAUAAUUCUUAAAAUAAAAAUUUUAAGAUUUUAAUUAAAUCUAAUCAACUACAGCUAAUUAAUAAAAUGCUUUAUAUUAAUCAUCAAAAAAUUAUGAGCUUAAAAGCAAAAUAGAAUUAUCCUCAAAAUUACCAAAGCGUUACUCUACCAGUCCAAACUAAAAUAGCUGUAAUUAUUUACAGCCUGCUGAUUUCUUAAUUACUUCAUAAAUGUAAGUUCAUAAAUUUAAGAAGGGCUAACAGAGUUCAUGA